CCGGCGCAGCAGCAUCAGUAAACGACCAGCUCUUGCGAGGUGCGCACACGCAACGCUCGCUGUCCACCACCACAACACAACAUUACAGCAAAUAUCAAGUAAAAGCUCCGCAAAAGCAACGCAGCAAUCAUGUAUCUGGAUACGAAAAACCUGACAGCCAGCAGCACUUCAGCGCUGACAGCGGCCACAGCAUCGAACACAAAGACAACACGGCGCAUGCGCAACGUGUGGAAGCCGUUCAGUCGCCUGCUGAAAGUGGGUGGCAAAGGUCGCACCACCCACCUGACCUUGGCCCAUCCCAACAACGUGGAUCUCAACAACACACAGCAGCAGCAACAGCAGCAGCAGGAGUUGCUCAUUGAAGAUGACACCAAGUCAACGCCAGAGGAGUCUAUUCACAAGUACGGUCUGGAGCUAAGGCAAUUGCCGGAGGAGCAGGAGCAGGAGUCCCUCACCCAGCCGCCCAACACACCCACUUUGAUAAGCAGCGUGCAUGUGGACAAGUUCAGCGCCCAGAGCUGCGGCAACUGCCAGCAUGGACGCAACUGCCAGCACCGACAUCACAGCAGCCACAACAUCAACCCCAGUAGCAGCAGCAACAUGAACAUGAACAGCAGCAGCAGUGCAACACAGUUGCCCAGCAAUCUCUGGGAUCUGCAGUUGCCACUGCAGUACAUCAGCACGGAUAAUGGCACCUUCUUCUGGGCCAACACCCAGGAUCGAGUGGACGAUGAUCUCCUGCACGCCCUGCUCUGCCAGAGCUUCAGUCAGCUGCCCGGAACACUCUGCUAGUUGUACUCCACAAACCCACAAUCACCUCACCCCAUCACUGGAAUAGAUCUCAUGCUCGUGGGGGUCGUACCCCUAAUUAUUGUAAUUUCAUUUAUUUAUUUCCCUGCGCAAUAUUAACGUUGUUGAUGUGAUACUAAUUUGCAUGUAAAAUUAAACAUAAACAUAAUCAUUUUGUACAAUACAGAUGAAGAUAACAAGCAAA